UGAGAACGAGGCGCGGCGAUGAUGGGAGGCCCGGGCUGGUCUGGGAGUGGUAGUUCCGUGGGGCACUCGUCCCUGCGACCCGGGCUAGUGCUUCGCACCACGCCUUGGGAACACAGCGACUCCUCCACCCCGACCCUCCCGCCCCGCCGGGGACGACCCUACAGGUGGGGGCGGGCCUCUGUGCCGAGCGGCCAAUGGAGACGGGGCUUGGAGGCCGGGGCGGGGCGGCCCCGUUGCUACGCCCCGAGUGGCGGUUGUUUCAAGAUGGCGGACGUGGCGGGCCCCUCCCGCCCGGGCGCGGCGGCGUUCUGGAGCCGGGACUUUUCUGAUGAAGACCAAUCAGUAGUAUAUGUUCCAGGUAUGAUUUUCUAUGUGAAUUUGAAUUUCUGUAAGGUAAGGAGUGCAUCACUGAAGGAUUUAUGUCUUGAAGACAAAAGACGCAUUGCAAAUUUAAUAAAAGAACUGGCCAGAGUAAGUGAGGAAAAGGAAGUGACAGAAGAGCGACUCAAAGCUGAGCAGGAAUCAUUUGAAAAGAAGAUCAGGCAGUUGGAAGAACAGAAUGAACUGAUCAUCAAAGAAAGGGAAGCUCUUCAGCUCCAGUAUAGAGAAUGCCAAGAACUUCUAAGUCUCUAUCAAAAAUACCUGUCAGAACAGCAGGAGAAGCUCACCAUGUCUCUCUCAGAACUUGGUGCUGCUAGAAUGCAGGAACAACAGGCAUCCAAUAGGAAAAGCAUUCUCCAGUCUUCGUCUAUGGAACUGGAUGGUUCCUACUUGAGUGUAGCCAAACCACAAACCUACUAUCAAACCGAGCAAAGGCCUAAGCCUGCAAACCAGGACUCCGUUUCAGAACCCCUUGUGGAGUUCAGGAAUAAUUCUUUCAAACCGGCAGCCUUUCAUUAUCCCAAAGAGGAUCUACACAGGGAACCAUCAGAAACCAGAACAUAUCAUUAUGUCUCCCCAGGGAAAAAACUAGUAGGUGCAGUCCCUACAGAGAAAGUUCCACCAGAGGAAUUGAAGAUGAGGGAAGGCCAACACCUUAAGCCUACUCCGUCCAGCCUGUGUUGUCACAAACUUUCUGAAAAUGCAGAUCCUGUUCAUGUUAGCCAUCCUACAGACGCGGCCCCUCAAUAUUCCGAGACACAUCGGGAAUCGUGCCGUUAUUGUGGACUUUCCUGGGCAUCUCUGAUGCAUGGCCAAGGGGCAUUGCAACCUGGUGAAACUGAUUUCAAAAAGCAGCUCUCAGAAGAUAGAAGGAAGCAACUUAUGCUUCAAAAAAUGGAACUGGAAAUUGAAAAGGAGCGCCUUCAGCACCUCCUGGCCCAGCAGGAGACAAAGCUUCUCCUCAAACAACAGCAGCUUCAUCAGUCUCGACUAGAUUACAAUUGGUUAAGAACUCAAGCUGUGUUUAAAUCAAGAGAAAUGGUUGCUGAUAAAGAACUUACUCAGCCCCAAGAGCUCAAUCUGGAUAUGAAUGGGAGUGACACUGGACCAAGUUUGUUAAAGUCAAAAUGUGAUGGCUGGCUUCUUGGAACAUCGUCAUCCAUCAAAAAGUACCAAGAGUCCUCUAACAGUGGAGAGAACAAAAGGGAGAAGACAGUUGGGUUUCAGUCACAUAGAGAAGACGAUGCCCUGUGGACAUGUCAAAAGAAAGAUACAUAUGAACCCCAAAGAGGGACAAUGACAGGAAUUAGAAAAGAUGCAUCCACAUCUCCUAUAACAACAGGAAACCAAAAGGAGCUUGCAAGCACAACCACAUCGUCAUUCCAGCAUGACACCUCCCGGUAUGAGACAUCUCUGUUGGAUCUGGUCCAGUCUCUGAGCCCAAAGUCUGCUCCCAAACCUCAGCCCCAUGCCUCCAGAGAAUCUGGGGCCUGGAAUCACAGCACUCGCCGACUCAGUCCUCUAAAAUCGACCCGGAACAAGAUGGGGGCAGGCAGGACCCCCGAAGACCUGGAGGAGAACCAGAUUCUGGAAGACAUCUUUUUCAUUUGACACCAAAGUGCUUGCUGCAAAAUUUCCAUCAGAAAUUUGUGGGUUUCUUUAUAUACUGAUCUAGGAUUUUAAAUUAUUUGAUUGCAAGUAAUUGUGUCUCUCCUUUCACAGGGACCUAUCUCACUAGCAUCCUGUUGUGUGUUGAAUAUAGAAAUCAUUUUAACAGCUCAGGGUGUUUUUGAUCAGACCAGUCAGUAGAUAACAUGUUAAGGGGGAAUAGGGGUGGAAGGCAGUAUCUUUUCUAUGCCAAGCAGAGAUGAGAAAAUCAACAUAAAAUACUUUCCGCCUGGUGGAGUCCACUGCAUAUUCAGCUUCAUUUCCAGAGCGUUUCCUUCUUAAUGUUUUGCAGGGAAAGACUGGCUUUCUUUUGUACAAGGAAAACCUAUCCACUGAAAGAUUCCUCUAAUUUAAAAGUCGCCCCUUAUACCAUAAGCAAUUUCAGAAAGACAGACCCUUUUACCUCUCCACCCUGUUCUCUCCCCACCUACCUCUAUCUAAGUGUAGUCAUUUAAAUCUGAAGUUGAAUUUGAUGCUGCAAUUAUCACAGGCAACACCGAGGGCCAAGUGUGAGUCAGGCUUAGUAGCCAUCAGCCUGGCAGCUGCUCUCCCCAUAAUCAAAGGGCCUCAGAGAGCUAGAAGGAGAGACCCACCUGACCCUUGGAAGCCAGCAUUAAAUCACACAAGAACGUGAUUAAUGGAGGCAAAAGCCUGAAACACUGCUCCUACCAUCCACCAGUUUCCCAGGAUAAAUAAGAAUAAUCUCUCGGUAUUUUUUGUUGGCCCCAUGCCUAUUGUAUUCACCCUUGUGAACAUCCCAUGAUUGUGUCUGGGAAGAUGCCACUAGAGAGAGAGUUGCAUCAGCUGCUGCAGGCUGAUAGGCUUUCCCUGGCUUGACCCGGCCCUGCAUAAGUUCUGCCCAGGGCCACUGUCCCAUGGCCCCAAAGAACCAUCUCUACGUGCCAGCUGACGCUCCGCCAUCCCAGGCAGUCUUCCCGCCAUUUCCCACGGGGCCUCACUUUCCCCUAGAGAAAGCCCGUGGAACAGGUGCACUGAGACCUCAUGCUCCCUCUGUUCUGUUCAGCAGCGCUCUUGAGAUGGGUCCUUCAGCUCACAGUGGGCUCUUGUGGCCGCUCAGACCAGUGAGCAUGU